CUCCCGGGGGGUUUGGUGGGGGACUUUUCUAGUUUUCCUCCUCUUCUCGAAACUUUCCUCUUCCCUCUUCCCUCUUCUUCUGCGAAUAACAGAUUUUUGAUUCCGUUUAUUCUUACCGUUUUACACCCGAUAAAUCGUGAUUAAACCCUAAUUUCGGAAGCUCACUUUCCAAUUUUUUCCCUCCAAAGAGCGGGAAAGUUUUAAUUUGAGGGAGAGUAAAUAGGGGGACCGGCGGGCGAUGCCAUCGGGGCCGGUGGCAACCGAUGUCGUGGCGGCGGUGGAGGCGGAGGCGACUCUGUCCGUGGAGGAAUCAGGUCGUUAAUGGCCGUCCUGCAGAUGACGUGGCAGCCGAGCUCGCUCAGCCAGAAACGCAAGUCCGGCCCGCCUCUAGGGCUUAGAAACCUCGGCAAUACUUGUUACCUCAACUCCGUGCUUCAAUGUCUCACCUACACUCCUCCCUUGGCCAAUUUUUGCCUCAAAUCUCAGCACUCUUCUUCAUGUGAUAUAGCUGCUGCAGCAGCAUCCGAAAAGAAGAGAGAAUGUCCAUUUUGUAUUUUAGAGAAAAGGAUAUUACGGUCUUUGAUGUCGGAGUCCAAUUUAGAUGCGCCAUUGAAGAUGAACAACUGUUUAAAGAUCUUUGCGGAGCAUUUUAGGCACGGAAGGCAGGAGGACGCUCACGAAUUUUUGCGGUAUGUAAUCGAUGCAUGCCACAAUACGUGUCUCAGGCUGAAAAAGUUACAGCUGCGAAGAAAAGGUGGGGAUAGUGGGUAUGAGGGCACAAUUGUCAAGGAAAUAUUUGGAGGUGCUCUGCAGAGUCAAGUGAAGUGUCUCUCUUGUGGGGCUGAGUCAAAUAAGGUGGAUGAGAUCAUGGAUAUCAGCCUCGAUAUCCUGCACAGUGGCUCUCUGAAAGAAUCUUUGCAGAGGUUUUUUCAACAUGAGAUUUUGGAUGGCAGUAAUAAAUAUCGGUGUGACCAUUGCAAGAAAUUGGUGGCGGCAAGGAAGCAAAUGUCUAUACUUCAGGCGCCAAAUGUUCUCGUAAUUCAGCUCAAGAGGUUUGAAGGCAUUUUAGGAGGGAAGAUCGACAAGGCGAUAGCUUUUGAGGAAGUUCUAGUACUUUCAAGCUACAUGUGCAAAGGAAGCCAGGAUCUGUGCCCUGAGUAUAGACUUUGUGGUACCAUAGUGCAUUCUGGAUUUUCACCUGAUUCUGGACACUAUUUUGCAUAUAUAAAGGAUGCUUUUGGCCGCUGGUAUUGCUGCAAUGAUUCCUGUGUCAGACUUUCAAACGUUGAAGAAGUUCUGUCUGAGAAGGUUUAUAUUCUUUUCUUUACCCGUUCUAAGCAGAGGCCUCCACUUAUGAAGACACGCUUACUAGCCAAUGGAUCAAAAAGCCAUCAUUCUAAUGGCAGUGAUGCUUCUGAAACUUCAAGCUCUUGUGUAACAGAAGAAGUAAUGAGCUCCACGAAGCAUUUGUCGGAUCUUGGCCGUGAGAAUAUUAAUUCAAAUGUAUCGAAGGUUGAGAGUGGGGCUUCUGAUCCUUCGAUAAAGUUGGGUGUCUUUGAUGGUUCUAGCCCCAAAAAAAAUCAUGCAAAUGGCGGUAUUAAAAUCAUUGUUCAUAGGAAGGAUCCCAAUCAGAAAACCUGCAAUCAAACAGACGUACGUGGUGAAAACAGAGGACAGAAUGUGCGGACUCUGAGUAAUGGGAAUGGUAUUCACAAUAUUCGAGCAGAUUAUACAUCCGGCACUUUGAAACCACUUUAUAUUAAAGCAAAUGGGACAUCUAAAAUUGAGAAUGGGAAUGGUCAUGUGGUUGACGCAGUUCAUGAAGUGGAUGGCGAAGCUAAGGUGGAAAACAACCAUGCAGAUUCAGUUGUGGGACAUAAGCAGACCAAUUUACAAAUUUUAAGUAAUGGAAGUGGUGUUAGAGAUGUUAGACCAAAUGGUACCUUUCAUUCUUUAAAGGGGAAACUUCCUUUGGUUACAACAGGUGGCUACCGUGAUAUUCAUGUAAAUGGACAUUCAUCAGAUGGGGAUGGAUGUAGUAAUGGUAAGGGUAACUUUGCAAAUGGAAAAGUUUCUCUUGGCAUGGACUUGUCCGACGGAAACGUCAGAUGCAAUUCUGACGGUGUAACUUUGAAAAGGAAGUUACAAGAUAGAGAAUCUUGCAUAUUACUCUCCAAAGAUGCUCAAUCUUCUACCGAAGUGGAAAAGUUCAAGGAAGUGUUGAAGAAAGAGGCGUCAUUAUUUCUUGUAUCGUGUGGUUGGUCUGAUGAAGUUUACAAGUUUAUGCAGUCUCAUAAGAAGCGCUCAAGGACUGAAUCUGAUACAUCAGAUUUCACUGAUCUGAAGAGGUUAUUGAUCAAGGAUGCAGGGAUGAAUUUCACUUCAAAGGUACCACAGUCACUGAAGAGGAAACUUAUUGAAGAUAUCAAUGUUUUUAGUAAAGAGAGACAGUCGCCAUCUGUUUCACGAGCAACUUAGAAAGCCUAUUCUGGUGGUGAGAAUGAUGAGAACUCUUUGAUCUGGCAGCCUCCUCCUCGUGUAGUUUAUUGAACUCUACAAAGCAGCCGAUACAUAUUGUUGUAGAUGCUGAUGCUCACUCUCUCGGAUUCGAUUUGAUCAAAUUGAGCCCAAAAGAUAUCACCCUAAGUUUUCUCCUACAGGUAGUGGUAUUGAUGUUUCUGAUUGAGAGAAUAUAUUUAAAAUUCAUGUUGAUAACUUUUUGAUAGGACUAUUCUUUAGCAUAGAGAUUAGAGAAUACCCAUUUUAUGGAUGUAUGACAAAUUUUCCCAUCAAAUGUGGCCGGAGUGAACGAUUGCCUCUGUAAUUGAGUAUUAACAACACCCAAUUUUAACUCUUCUGGGUAAAAUUCAUCUUCAUUGACCUCAAUGGCAUGCUGGCAAUUUUUGUAGAGAACCUUCCUGCGGUCCGUAAGAUAAAAUGUAUGCUUCCUUCUGUUUGGUUUGGUUUGGUUUGGUUUGGUUUGGUUUAGGGAAUCGGAUUCAGGAAAAGAUUGGAAGGGGGAGGAAAUGUAAAAGUGAUCUUGUUU